AUGCCAGGCGACUCCUCCAGCACAUUGCCAGAUGGCACCACUCAAGCCCAGAUCCUACAAUACUUCCGCGAUCAGCUGGCUAGUCUUCUAUCAUAUGACCAGGUCCUUUUCCCGAACGCUUUCCACGCCUUCAACGCUACAGCCUCUGCUAACAUCGGAAAUUCUGCUGGGAGAGCACUGCAUUAUGGCAUCCUAGCUCUGGCAUCAAGACACAUGUUCAACAAGGGUCAACUAUGCUACGAGCGAAUUAGUGAACAACUUGGUGUCGAGGGUUCGGCAAUCGUUCUGCAGAGAUUGAAGGAUAUACCCAAGGUCGAGGAAAUCGCCGAAGAAGAGUCGAUCACUCUCCUCGCUGGGCUACUCAUGUUUGUUAUGUACAAGAUCUGCCGAGGCGAUGUUUGGGGUUUCGAAAGCUACUUCACGCAGCUAAAGCGGCUGUGCGCGGCACUCUUCACCCUUGAACAAGCGCCGAAAGGCUUGAGUAACACCAAAUUCUCUUUCUUAGAAAACGUCAUGUAUCACGAUAUCUACGGCUGCUCGUUGUACGCUCAGGGUCCCGCGGUUGACCCUGAAGUGUCGGCGGCAUACACGAAUACGCAAAGAGGAAUCCCGCACGCUCUGACUGGAUUGGCUCUUCCGUUAUACUGCAUCCUGCCGCGUAUCGCGAAGCUGGUCAAUCAGAGCUGGGCUCACGGUAAUGCCAAAUGGACUGAUCAAGAACUGGUAGAGAUUGUCAGCAAGGCGGAAAAUCUCGAAGCAACUCUUGAGAAAGAGAGGAUCUGGCUGGAGAAUUUCGUCCGAGACCGACCGGACAUGGCCAGUCAUCGAUAUUUCCACGACGCCUUUCGCAUAGCCUGCCUUCUACAAAUUAAGUGCUUUAUCCUUUGCCUGCCACCCGACGCUCUUUCUGUGCGUUUGCUGGUCCGCAAUGCGCUUUCAUUGCUCGAGACAAUGGAGGUCUUGAAUCUGCCUGGCUUCGUGUCAUCUCAUUGGAUCAUCUUCACAGCGUCGAUCUGCUCAACAUUGCCCAAGGACAAUCGCCCAGACACUACUCCCACUAAUCGCGGCGGGUCAAGGGAAUCGAAUGUCAGCGACAGACAGAGAGCUAGCAAGCUAUAUACGACUGCUAUUGAUAAGCUAGCGUUUCUUAACAUGUCUCGGUCAAGACAGAUUGUGCAAAGGUUAUGGGACCAGAACCAAGGUGGACGCCUUUCCGUCCACUGGCUCGAUAUAUUGGCAGACUUUGACUGGGAGAUAAUUUUUGCUUGA